AUGACCAAUGUCCACAAAAAAAGAACUUUCAGAACUGAUAAGCUCUCACUUUCAGACUUGCUGCACAUAGCAAUUUUGGCUUCCAUACUUUCUCUUAUCAUUUACUGGAUCAUCAGAGACAAAUACAGAGUGAGGAACCUGAAUGGAAAGCAUGUCUUCAUAACAGGCUGUGACACUGGACUUGGAAACUCACUGGCUAAAUGGCUUGACAAAAGGGGAUUUUGUGUCAUUGCUGCAUGUGCUACAGAAAAAGGAAGCCAAGAGCUACUGUCCUGCUCUUCACUCUCACUGAAGACAGUGAAUCUGAACUUAGCAGACUCCAACAGCAUUGCAAGGGCUGUGGUGUUUGUGAAUGAACAGACAGCUGGCAAGGGGCUUUUUGGCUUGGUGAGCUAUGCUGAAGGAACAGCACCUGCUGGACCCACCGACUGGCUGAGGAUUGAAGAUUUCCAUUCAGUCCUGAAUGUUAGUCUGCUGGGAUUGAUUGAAAUCACACUCAAGCUUCUGCCACUUCUGAAAAAAGCUGAGGGAAGAGUUGUCAAUCUCAUUAAUGCCAAAGGCUUCGUGGCUUUAGUAGGGGGUGGCUACAGUCUGUCCAGAUGGGGCAUGGAAGCUUUCUCUGACACCUUACGGAUAGAAAUGCAGCAUUUUGGAGUGAAAGUAAGCAUUGUUGAGCAUGGUUUCUUUAAGGCAGAAGAAGUUAAUUCAGAUAUUAUUGAGAAAUACCUCUUCAAACUUUGGAACAGACUGACUCCUGAGAUCAGGGACUCCUACGGAGAAAAAUACUUAGUUGAAUAUAUAAAAGCCCAAAGAUCAUCAGUGAAAAGACUGUGUGACUAUGAUAUUUCUAAUGUCAUAAAAUGCAUGGAACAUGCCCUGAUAGCAAGGUACCCCAGGACACGAUACAGAGCUGGAUGGGAUGCAAAGUUCUUCUGGCUGUUUCUCUCCUAUGCCCCAAGCUGUUUGUCAGACAUGUUGUUGCGUAUUACAUUUCCAGCCCCAGCAGUGAGCGGGAGACCAGUUCAUGGAGUGCUAAUUAAUGUCUAG